AUGACAUACUCAGAGAAGCAACCAUUAUUAGAGAAAUCAAGACGUUUCAAUAAUACCGAUCAUGAGGUUUCUAUUCGAUCAUGUCCAUUCUUUGAAAGUACAAUCGGUUUAAUCAACACUUUAAAUCCAUUUUAUAACUGUUUAUCCCCAUUAACUAAACAAUUAUCUGAUUCUCUGUUGGAAGAUAAUAAUGUUUCUUGUUAUUAUUCAGAUGAUGAUUCAGAAUUGCCUGAUUUGCCUUAUUGUACUGAUGAAUGUCCCAUUUAUGUACCACAAUCCAAAUAUACUCAAAAGGAUAAACUUGAUGAAAUACGUAAACUAAUGAAGAAAUAUAAUAUUGGUACUUAUAUAAUACCUAGUGAAGAUGCUCAUCAAUCUGAAUAUACUGCUUUAGCUGAUAAAAGAAGAGAAUAUAUUUCUGGUUUCACAGGUAGUGCCGGACUUGUUGUUAUUACAUUGACUAAUGAAAUUGAUUUAACUGGUGAUGCAAUUUUAUCUACUGAUGGAAGAUAUUUUUUACAAGCUGAAAAACAAUUAGAUGGAAGAUAUUGGAAAUUAUUUAAACAAGGUUCUGCUGGAUAUAAACCAUGGAAUGAAUGGGCGAUUGAAAGUGCAAUUAAUAAUAAAUUUAGCAAUGUUAUUUCAACUGAUCCAAGACUUAUUAAUGUUGCCGUAGGUGAAUAUUUCCAAAAUCAUGCCAAAAUUUCAAGAAAUUUCCAAUUUAAACCUUUGUUACAAGUCAACUUGGUUGAUGAAGUUUGGGGAAAUGAACAACCUUCAAGAUCAUUUGAUCCAGUUUAUUAUUGGGAUUUGAAAUAUAGUGGUGAACAUACAAAUGAUAAGUUAGAUAGAAUUAGAAAGAUUAUGAAAGAAAAAGGUAGUAAUUACUAUUUGGUUUCUGAAUUAGAUAGUAUUGCUUGGUUGUUUAAUCUAAGAUCAGAUACUGAUAUUCCAUUUACACCCGUUUUCUUUUCCUAUGCUUUAAUUGAAUUGGACUCCGUGACAUUAUACAUCAACAAGAGCAAAAUUGAAAAAGGAGAUGAUAGUCUUUCUGAAUAUUUAUCAAGUAUUGACAAUUUAACUAUUAAAGAUUAUGAUAAAUUUUUCAAUGAUGUUGCUGAAUUGACACCUAAAUCUUGGAAGAAAAUUAUCUUACCUACAAGAUCUUCAACUACAUUUGCAUUAUAUGAUAUUAUCAUCAAAUCAUUUCCUAAAGAACUUAUUGUUCAUGAUUCAAUAAUUGCAAAUUUGAAAAUAUUUAAAAACAAAACUGAAUUAUUUAAUGCCAAAAUUGCCCAAUAUAAAGAUUCUUUAGCUUUUAUUUUAUUUUCAUCAUGGUUAGAAGAUCAAUUAGUUAACAAGAAAGCAAAAAUUUCUGAAUAUGAUGCUGCUUGUAAGAUUUAUUCAAUUAGAAAGAAAUUACCAAAUUUUAAAGGAUUAUCAUAUGAAACAAUUUCAUCAACUGGUGCAAAUGCAGCAAUAAUUCAUUAUGCUCCAACAAAAGAAGAAAAUCUGAUUAUUGAUCCUAAAAAAAUUUAUUUAAUUGAUUCAGGAGCUCAUUAUCUUGAAGGUACAACAGAUAUAACUCGUACUUAUAAAUUUGGAAAUGAAGGAUUACGUGAUUUAGAUAAAUUAUAUUAUACAUUAGUUUUAAAAGGAAAUUUAUCAGUUGGUAUGGCAAAAUUCCCACCAAAUAAUAAAAAUACAGGAACUAUUUUAGAUUCAUUUGCAAGACAACCAUUAUGGAAUAAAGGAUUAGAUUAUAAUCAUGGUACUGGACAUGGAGUCGCAAGUUUUGGUCCUGUUCAUGAAGGCCCAUUAUUUAUUCUGACAACUACUGGUGGUCCAUCAAAUGGUUUAUUUCAACCAGGUGCUAUUUUAACUGAUGAACCUGGAUUUUAUAUUGAUAAUGAAGUUGGAUUUAGAGUUGAAAGUGAAUUAGAAAUUAUUAAAUGUCAUGAUUCUUUAGGUAAAACAAGACAAGGUGAAAAUUUCUUGGGGUUUAAUUAUUUAACUAAAGUUCCAUUUUGUAAAAAAUUAAUUGAUUUAAAUCAAUUAUCUGGUGUUGAAAUUGAUUGGAUUAAUAAAUAUCAUGAAAGUAUUAGAAAUGAUUUUGGUGAUAAACUAUUAGAAUUAAAUGAAAAGAAAGCUUAUGAUUGGUUAAUUAAUGAAACUCAACCUUUGUAA